GGAUUAGGAUCCUAUAGUAGAAGAUUUUACCCGACACCGUUCGACAUUGAUAGCGUCAUGACGCCUAUAUAAAUAGUACCACACAGACCAUCUGAUGCCCAUCAACAAAACUAAAGAAGAAAGGCUCAUACCAUACGCAAUCCCCUUCCCCACCAUAAGUUAAAAAAAAAAAAAAAAUGUUUAAUUUGAUUGGGGAGAUGAUGAGCAAAGCGACGUCCACCAUCGGCGGGCUUAUGAUGGCAUACGCGAUGUUCCAAAACUACUUCCCGGACGCCCUCCGCAGCUUCCUCCGCCGCUACUACCAAAAGCUCCUCGACCUCUUAAACCCCUACGUCGAAAUCACUUUCCCCGAGUACCAAGGCUCCGGCUUCUCCCGCAGCCCCGCCUUCAAGUCCAUUCAGCGCUACCUCAACGCCACCUCUACCUCCCAGGCCCGCUGCCUCAAGGCCUCCUUCUCCCGUGCCUCCAACUCCGUCCUCCUCUCCAUGGACACCCACGAGCAGGUGACCGACGAGUUCUCCGGCGCCAAGAUCUGGUGGGCCUCCGGCGAGAUCGUCCCCAAUCGCCAGUCCAUCUCCCUCUCCUACAACUCCCGUGACAACGCCAAGCGUUACUUGACCCUCACCUGCCACAGCCGCCACCGCCACGUCAUCACCUCGAAAUACAUCCCACACGUCAUCGCCCAGGGAAAGGCCAUCGCCGCCCGAGAGCGGCGCCGCAAGCUCUACACCAACACCAAGGAAGACGGCGACAACUUGUGGAGCUACGAGACGUUCGAUCACCCGGCCACCUUCGAAACCCUCGCCAUGGAUCCCGCGAAAAAGCAUGACAUCAUCAACGAUUUACGUAAAUUCGCGGACUCCAAGGAUUACUAUAAGAAAAUCGGAAAAGCUUGGAAGAGGGGCUACCUCCUGUUUGGCCCCCCGGGAACCGGAAAGUCGAGCAUGAUAGCCGCCAUGGCUAAUCUACUCGAGUACGACGUGUACGAUUUGGAGUUGACUUCGGUCACGGACAACACCGAGCUCCGGAAGCUUCUCAUCGACACUUCCGGAAAGUCGAUUAUUGUCAUUGAGGACAUUGACUGCUCGAUAAACCUCACGGGACAGAGAGAGAAGAAGGAGGAUGACGAUGAGAGUGAAGACGAAGACGACGGAAAGGAGGAGAUUGAGAGAUUGAAGGGGAAAGUGGAGAAAUUGGAGGAGGGUGGGAAGAAAUCGAGCAAGGUGACAUUGUCCGGGCUUUUGAACUUUAUUGACGGGCUUUGGACGGCGUGCGGUGGGGAAAGGAUUAUUGUUUUCACGACGAACUAUGUUGAGAAGCUUGACCCGGCCCUUAUCCGGAGAGGGAGGAUGGACAAGCACAUUGAGCUGUCGUAUUGCGGGUUUGAGGCGUUUAAGGUUCUUGCCAAGAAUUAUUUGGAAAUCGAGGAGCACGAGCUGUUUGGCAAGAUUCGGUCGAUGUUGGAGGAGAUUGAGAUGACGCCUGCUGACGUGGCGGAGAAUCUGAUGUCGAAAGUGAGGGGUGAGAAUGGGGAGAAGGGUCUGGUGAGAUUGAUCGAGGCGCUCGAGGAGGCUAAGGAGCUGGCCAGGGUGAAGGCCGAGAAAUUAGCUAAAGAGGAACGAGAAAAAGAAGAUGGGAAGAAGAAGAAGGAUUUGGAUAAUGGUGUAGUGGAGAAAAAUGGUGAGGUUGAAGUACGGGAUUUGGAGAAUGGGGGGCCAUUGAAGAUGUUGGAGGAUAACUUAGAAUAGAUUUUGGCACUGAAUUAUUUAUUUUUUGAUAUAUAGUCUGUUUAUUAUUCCACUUUUACUCAUUUAAUAUUAUAUUAAUGCCUUUUGUGAAGAG